CAAUCACGCAUGCGUGGCUGAGGGGGACGCUCAAAAAGCCGUUGAUCAACGUCUUCAAAGGACCCCCAGGACUGUGGUAGUGAGUGAAGGCGUGCUACGGCCUAGCCUCUUCGGUGUCGGGAAUAUGAUGCAUAUGUUGCUGCUUAGGCGAUCCCAGAGCCAGUUAGGAGUUUUGUGGGCCCUCCUAGCCUCCCCCGUUUUGCUCCCGCGGGAUAAAAAAGAAAGCGGUCAGACUGCCCUUGAGAACAUAACGGCGACUUGUGGUGCCUGAAGCACUUAACAGAUUUAGGCUGCGGUCUUACCCGUGAGCAAGCCGCACAGUGAGACUUACAUCUCAGCAAGCCUGCACAGGGUUGUUUUGUUUUUGUGGCGUCGUCAUGGUGUGUUGGACUUAGGACUUGAGAGAGCCAGCUUUAAAUUCCUGCCCAGAUGUUAAGACAUGUAAAAGGAUUUUCCCUUUCUGAAAGGUUUAAUGGUUGCCCUACAUGUUAAAAACCAUGGAAAUCAAAUUGGAAGUUGUAGCCUCUACGUGUAUCAAGCAGAGAAAGCCUUGGCCUCGGAUCACUUGGCUGGGGCAGGAAAAGGAAGCCGUUUUUCUUUUAAAUGACAAAAACAUAAAUGAAAUUAACCUGGUUUCGGGAAGGACAAAGAAGAAGAUCCCAUGCUUAUAUCCCUUCCUGAGGAAUGUCAUUGUUUUAACAACAUCAAGAAAUGGAGCUUGGCUGUCGGGCAUUCUUAAAACGGGAGAACUAUUUCUUUGGAACAAAGACCAAGACACAAUAAAAACUGUCCCAGCAGUUGAAGAAUCUAAGAAGUUGGUUUUAGGAGCACAAAAACGUUCUACGAGAUUGUACAUGUAUGUUUCCGGUGAUGGAAAUAAGAUUCUUCUCACUAGUCCAAGCGUCUGUGUCUUUCUGUGGGAAAGCAUGGAAUAUAAAAGUACUCCAUCUAAAAGUUCUGUAAUGGGACAGUGGUCACAAAUUAUUCCUGAGGCAUCAGUUAUAUUACCAUCUGUUGAAGAGAAAGAAAUUUCAGUGAAUGCUGACUUCAUCAAAAAUGAGAUGCUGGGGGACUACUGCUUGUGUUGUUUUGCAUUUUAUUCUCAGGAGCAUUUGAUGCUGACAUUUUUGGAAAUUAAGUGGCAAGAGAACAGUUUUAAGAGUGCUCGCUCUUUUCCAUUUCGGAUACACUGGACACAACAGACAUGUUCUCUGUCUAGUCUGGCUCCCCAUUGUGAACCAACAAAAUCAAGAGGUGCUUUGCUUACUGCGCUUUCAAGUGAUGGGCUUAUGCUAGCAACAGGUGUCAACCAGAAGGAUCUACAGGCAACUCAGAUUUUAUUUAUGAGCACAGUGAAUUUUAUUACUGUUUCUGGUAGCCUUAAAGGUUGCGGUAGCAAGAAACACAAAAUUCCGUCGAAGUUUAUAAGAUCCUAUUGGAUUGCUGACAUGAGCUGGACUCAUGAUGGCCUUUUUUUGGCUUGCAUGUUGAAACGUGGGUCGCUGAUUUUUAUGACUUGUUUGGGUGAAUUGCUGACUUUAAUUACUUAUGGUUGCUCUGUAGAAUUUGGACCAGCAGAAUUUAUUCCUCUCCAUCCACUAAUAACAUACAGAUCCCACAACUGUUUGUUGCAAGAUUUGAAUCAUUCCCAUGAUUCAUCAGCCUCUGAAGGAGACCUCAUGAGGCAGAGAUUUUCGGUAACAUCACACCCAAAUUUACCCUACUUCAUUGCCUCUGAUGGGUAUAUAGUUACAGUUCUUAGAUUUUCUGAUGGUUUCUCACCCUCGGCAUAUAUGAGGUCUUUGCUGCUUGAUUCAGCCCAGAGACUUGAAAAACUGCAUCACAGUUUGAUUAGAUCUAAGUCUAAGGGAACAAGGCUACCGUUGCAAUCAUUGUCCUCCUUAAGAGCUAAUCUAUUACAACAUAAUCAAAACCAAAGCUCUGCUUUCUCUACCAUUCCAAAAUUUCUGCAAGAAGAGGAGAAAACCACAGAACUAAAUGGAGAAGUGACACACUUGCAGGAUUAUGAUGAAGAAUCUGAUGACGACAAGGUAUUUCAAAGUCAUUCCUUUAUUUUGGGAAGCCAAAAAGGAGAUACUUCUGUAACUGAUGGUCAGUUGGAAUUUUCGUCAAUGUUUGACACUAUUCAUGCAAUGGAUGGAACUGGAAAAAAAGAUGACACAGCUUUGGAACUGAACUAUAUCCAAAAAAAUCUAAUUGCAGCUUGGAAAGUAGGGAUCUCAAGAACUGUGGAAGAAAGAGGCACUUUGUUAAGUUGUACCAUUCGAUGCAUUACAUACUUCUUUAACAUUCUCCAGUAUGCAAAACUUAACUUUGUGCGUUUGGAAAACCCUGUCAAGAAUCAUCCAUGGAUACAGUGGGUGUUAAAAUGUUUCCAGCAAUUCUUGACUCUCAUGAACUGGGAGGGUACGCACACACAAAUUCUGGGGCAUUUGAUGAAGCUCACAUUACAGACGCUAAAACAGAUGCUUGCUGAGCAACAAGAUCAGCUGUUCUCCAGUAAUCUUUUGGGAAGCUUCUCUUUGCUGAUGAUGGUUACUCAUUGUUUAAAUGGCAAAAACACACCUCUGUAUGAGACACUUCCAACAGCCCUGGAUGUUAAUAAGGUGCAGCUAGAUGCCAUAGUUGUGCCUCUGUUUCAAGCUAUAGAUUGGAGCAGCCAUCAAAACUUCUCUGUGUUGAAUUCCAUACUAAAGCUCUCUCCACCUCCUGCAAACGUGUUCAAGAUUUCAGAAAAGAGGUUAAUUGUAAUGUGGAGACUAUUAUAUAAGUAUGUCCUUUGGUAUUGGAUGCAGCUAAACAGAAAAGUGCAUAACUCAAGUAAUCCAGCAACUGAAAUACAAAUUACAUAUGAAGGACCAGUGAUUGAAGCACUUGCAGGUCAUAUACAGGCAAUAUUACAGUCUUCAGGAGAAAGACUAGAACAAAUGCUGAAGCUCAACUCUGUGAUUGGUGACGAGCAAUUUCUAAUAGGGUCUUACAAAGAAUCAGUGGAGGCAUGGGAGAGAGCUCUUCAAGAAACAAAAGGAAAAGGAGGAAAAAGAAUGCCUUUUCUCCAAACUCGAUAUUAUCUUGCUGUAUUAUAUUGCCAUCUAUAUCACUACAAUUUAAGUGAGGCUCAGGGCCUGUGUGAUCAUCUAGUGAAUGAGCUUCUAAAACGAACUCAAAUGUCUGUAAGAGAAAUGGAUGAUGUAUCAGGUGCUGAGGAGAUGAUGAGAGAUGUUCAUACUGAAGCUAUAUUGGCAGUGGUUUGGUCUCUUGCACGAUUCAUGGCAGCCUACUUUACUAAUGAGCCGCUUUAUGUGCUUCCUCCACAUAAUGUUGAUGUUUUACCCCCACUUCAUAUCAGGCCAGACAGAUGUCCUCGUAUUGUUCCACUGCAGCACUCCAUAGUCACCAAUGCAGUUAGGGACCAUGGCCUCUCUUGCGUCUGGACAGUUGAAUAUGCUCUUGAUUUGUUGCUUGUUGGUGGACUAAUUCCAGAAGCUGUGUGGCUAGCACAUGAACUUGGAGACUGGAAAAUGGCCGUUUCAAUUGGGGUGGUUUACAAUCUGUAUUGUCAGAGCAACAAUGGCUUCCCAAGGUCACAAAAAGUAGAACUCUGUAUGCCAUUGCACUUAACUCCAACACAAAUCUUUCAAGAAAAACUACAAUCUUUUUUGGGCCAGCCUGUCAACAGUGAAACAUCAAAUGAAGGAGACCCUACAUACAAACAACUCACAG